AUGGAAGACACCACUGCCCCAAUCACUAAAUCUGAAGCUGCCAAGUUAGCUAAGAAAAAUUUCCUUGAAGCUCUAAAGUCAAAUGACUUUGGAAAAUUGAAGGCUAUUUUAAUCAAAAGACAAAUAGAUGUGGACACAGUUUUUGAAGUUGAAGAUGAGAACAUGGUUUUGGCAUCUUAUAAACAAGGUUAUUGGUUGCCUAGUUAUAAAUUAAAAUCUUCCUGGGCCACAGGCCUGCACCUGUCUGUCUUGUUCGGGCAUGUGGAAUGCCUUUUGGUGCUACUGGACCACAAUGCCACAAUCAACUGCAGACCCAAUGGGAAGACCCCUCUUCACGUGGCGUGUGAAAUGGCCAAUGUGGACUGCGUGAGGAUCCUCUGUGACCGUGGAGCCAAGCUCAAUUGCUACUCCCUCAGUGGACACACAGCCUUGCACUUCUGUACCACACCAAGCUCCAUUCUCUGCGCCAAGCAAUUGGUGUGGCGAGGGGCGAACGUGAACAUGAAGACCAACAAUCAGGACGAGGAGACGCCCUUGCACACGGCGGCCCACUUUGGGCUCUCGGAGCUAGUGGCCUUCUACGUGGAACACGGGGCCACCGUGGAUAGCGUGAACGCCCACAUGGAGACUCCAUUGGCCAUUGCCACCUACUGGGCGCUUCGCUUUAAAGAGCAGGAGUAUAGCCCGGAGCAUCACCUCAUCUGCCGCAUGCUGUUGGACUACAAGGCCGAGGUCAACGCCCGUGAUGAUGACUUUAAGUCUCCCCUGCACAAGGCGGCCUGGAACUGUGACCAUGUGCUCAUGCACAUGAUGCUGGAGGCCGGCGCGGAAGCCAACCUCAUGGAUAUCAAUGGCUGCGCUGCCAUACAGUAUGUGCUCAAGGUCACCUCCGUGAGACCUGCCGCCCAGCCAGAGAUCUGCUACCAGCUGCUGCUGAACCACGGGGCCGUCCGAAUAUACCCUCCACAGUUCCAUAAGGUGAUACAGGCUUGCCAUUCUUGUCCCAAAGCAAUUGAGGUUGUGGUCAAUGCCUAUGAACACAUUAGGUGGAACGUAAAAUGGAGAAGAGCUAUCCCUGAUGGUGACUUGGAGAGGUACUGGGAUUUUUACCAAUCUCUCUUCAGUGUGUGCUGUAACUCUCCAAGGACCCUCAUGCAUUUAUCAAGAUGCGCCAUUCGGAGAGCACUACACAACAGAUGCCACAGAGCAAUUCCUUUGCUUUCCCUCCCAUUGUCAUUGAAAAAGUACUUGCUUUUAGAGCCAGAGGGAAUUGUUUAUUAAGCCUUAUGAGACAGCAGUUUCCAGUCCUAAAUAUUUAAGUGGACUUGCUGGGUAGACACAGUUUGCAUAAAUAAAAUGAUGCUUGGGUUGAUUAUAACACUUCAGGGAUUUCAAAACACCUUACAAACACUAUGUCAUCAAUCCUGGAGUAUCAUAGUGAAAGGAAAUAAACAGAUAAAGCUAAUAAAUUUUUAAAGACAAGAAUGUAUUCAGAAGGUACUGAUAUUACAUAAAAGCUAAUACGUACAGUACUCUUUCUAGGUGCCUAUGUAUUUUGUUUAAUUUUGUGUAUAUUAUCUCAUUUGAAAUGGGACACAAUUUUUCAUAUAACCAAUCUCAUUCUUUGUCUUAUCAGUAAUAAGUUUACAUUACUGUUCUGUUUGCAAUAUAGCAAGUUUUGUGAUCAGCUUCUUAAAGUUGGCGUCUCCCCCAACCCCCACCCUGUCACUAUUUAGCAGUAAUUAACUGUCAAUAGUUUUGUAAAUUCCUGCUCCACAAACCAAGCUCCUCAACUUUGUUUAGUGAGGUACACAUGAGUAUAGUCAAAGAGAGAUCUCUGAGUCAAAUUAGAAAUGAAGAAGAAAGACCAGUCCACUUCAUAGUUAGGAAUGGAAGUUUCAACACACACACUCAUUGAGCCAGAGACUGGAGGUCCAAAGAGGAGUCUAGUGAGAUUCCCGCCCUCUAGGAUUUCCCCAUUUAGCAAGGAUCUGGCUGUAUAAGCAGGUAACUACAGUGCAAAGUGAUGGGGCAAGGGCACAGCUGCAGACCCACAGGUGGUGCUUACCUUUCAAGUUGUGUUUCUGACAUGAAUUUUUCUUUGAAGCAUGACAAUAAAGAAUGAAAUGAUUGUGUAAAGUAGAGGGAUCUCCUGUGAUUGUUAAAAUAAAUGUAUUUUACUUUUUAAAUUUAGUUUCUGUAAACAUCUAGGUAUUGUUUUAUUUUAAUAUGUUUUCCUAUUUAGUAUCUUCCCGAAAUCUUUAAGAAAAAUAUCUCACACUGGAUGCCUCCUGUGUAUAUGACCAGGGAAUUUAGGAAACUGGAUAAAAAUAAUGUGAAGGCACUCAGUUGAUUAUACUGAUCUUUUUAUGAAACUGACUGACAUUUCUGAGUGUUUUAGCUGAAUGAUAAGGAGCACCUUAUUGGUGAUCACUGGCUUCAGAAAGCAAACUGAAAGACUUUUGUGAAAAUCUUUGAGGGACUUGGGAAAAUAAUUGUGUUACUCAGAUUUGCUAGUGAGUGGUUUGCAGAAAGAUGCAGACGAUUCACUUCUGGGCCACCAUUGCUUCAUUUUUCUGUUCUUGUGAAUCACCGUUAGAUCAACUCUUUGCCUCUGGCAUCCCUUUUUAGAGGCUAAAGCAGAAGUAAUUAAGUGCAAACAAAUCUAUUUGCCUUUUGUGAAGAGGUUUCUUUUGUUUGCAUGCUCUUCCAUCUUAUUUAACUUCCUAUGCUUGAGUGUUGAAUAGAGAUGAUGUGGAAGAGUCCACUUAGCUGCCAUUAGGCUCAACUCCUAAACUGUGAUUCUCCUACUCCUGGCACUGGGCAGAAAAAACCAUGUGAAGCUGCAGUCAUCUUUCUGAAGUAUCAGUUUUGCUCAGCUAAUUCAAGGAAAACAUUUUGUAUUAAAACAAGAUCUUUCUCAUGGAACAGAAUGUUGCAUUUGUAUGAAUUAUUCAUAUAAAACAUGACCCCUUAAGGGCCAGGGAUUUAGCUCAGUGAUUCUGCGGCCUGCAUCGGAAGCACAAGGUCCCGUGUUUGAUCCCCAGUACCAAAAAAAAAAUGACCCCUUAAAAAGUGAUUUGUAUUCAGCAAGUGGGAUUAGAACACAUCCUAGAAUAUCUGAAAGAUUGUUAGCUUCCUUCCAUCCUCAGGAGCAUGUUGACAGAGAAACUGGUGAUAUACAGACUUAAGACAAGUAGACUUAUGUUGAGGACAAGAGGAGACAGCUCCUCACAUGAGGAAAUAAAAACGUUUCUCACUUGAGUUUAAAGAUUUGUAUUAAUCUGCCAUCGAAUAUGUGGCUGCUUAUUUUGAAGUGCUUGUAUGAUUUCCCCAUCAUUUUCAAACUUUUAUUUAGAGAGCAUAAAUAAAGCUCUUUUGUU